GCCGACUCUUUGCAUGUUGGUCUAAAUCGUUUUUUAUUACUCACAAUUGGUUUAUGGCCUUAUCAACAAUCUAAACUUGUACGACUUCAAGUAAUUUUAUGUAUUGGUAUUUUGGCAAGUUUUAUUUUAGUUCAGUACAUUCGAACAGUAACACUUGAACUCAAUAAGAUCACAGUGUACAUACAUUUCUGCCCAGUGAAGAACGCUAUGAUAAUGAUAUUCAUGCUAUUCAUACUGAUUCAAUUUAAGAGCUACAUUUCAAGAUUGACAGUAACAGCGCGUAAUUUGAAGAAUUAAAAAUUAUAAAAUCACAUAAAAAAUUUUAAUUACAUUAAAAAGCAGUCAAUUAUAAUCUCCGAAUGAAUAAUUUUCACGCUUACAGUAUUUGUGACUUUAAAAUAUACUCUGGAUUUGCUUAUCAACGUUCUCUCUUCUGCAUUAUUGUAUACAAUGUUUGCAAUCAAAUACAUUUCGUUUAGCAUUAAUACUGAUAUUGUAAAAUAUUUGUUGGAACAACUACAGGAUAUCUGUAACGAGUUAACUGAUGAGAAUGAAAUCAAUAUUAUAAAAAAGUACAGUAGCUAUGCGAAACGUUAUACACUCCUAUUAUUACUGUUUGCCAUAUCAUGUAUAUCCAUUUUAACUUUAUACUCAUUAUUUCCACAAAUUUUCAAUAUCCUAUUAUUCACCAAUGCAACAAGACUUUAUUCAUUGCCGUUAAUGACUGAAUAUUUUAUCAAUCAAGAAAAACAUUUUUAUUUAAUAUUGUGCCAUGCAAACGCGGCCACUGGUAUAGGAACUACCAUAAUGUUAGGAACAGGAACAAUGUUCAUAUUUUAUCAACAACAUGCGUGUGGAAUGUUUCAAAUCGCCAGUUAUCGUAUUAAACAAGCAAUAACGUUCGAUACUUUAGAAAAAAACAGCUUGGAAAAAGAAAAUUUAAUUUACAAAAGAUUAAUUUGUGCAGUAGAUAUGCAUCGCAAAGCUAUGAACUUCUCUGACUUGAUUAUAUCCAGAUUUAAAGUAAUGUUCUCUCUUUUGAUAAUAGCUGGGGUGAUUAGCAUGACUCUUAAUAUGUUUCGGAUUUUUCAGAUGGUAUCAUUUGGAUAUAAUGGAGAUAUUAUACAGCUUUUAACUCCCAUAUUAUACGCAAUGAUUAUAUUGAUGUACAUAAUGACGGCCAACUAUUUUGCACAGGAAAUUAUAGAUCAUAAUAAUAAUUUAUUUGUCACCGUGUAUAAGGUUCAGUGGUACAUAGCUCCGUUACAUAUACAGAAAUUGAUACUAUUUUUAUUACAAAGAGGUACCAAGGCAUUCAAUAUGAAUAUUGCUGGAUUGUUUGUGGGAUCAUUACAAGGCGCAGCUACGUUAAUCAGUACCAUACUGUCGUAUUUCACUGUUCUUCAUUCUGUACAUUGACAUACAAUGAAUUAAUUACAAAUACUAUAAAAUACCAUGUAAUAAAAUUUAUUAUAAACAAAUAACAUUGGCUAUUAUAUAAAAAAAAAGACAAACUAAAAUAC